AUGGAAUGCCUCAAGAAUAAGUUUGUUGGCGGCGCCCUUCUCAAGGGACGUUAUCAAACCAUCUCCCCUCUCAACCAUGGAUCUUUUGGUAUGGUCUUCAAGGCGCAGGAUCUUAUCACCAACGAACCUGUUGCUAUUAAGUGUCUCACCAAGAGAACUGCCUGUUCCGAAGCUUACUCCGAUUUCGCCAUUGACGACAAGUCGGAGGAAGAGGCGCUUCACACCCGUCUAGGAGCUCACGAAAACAUUGUCAAUCUCGUUGACUCUUUUGAGACCGAAUCGCACACUUACUUGGUUCUCGAGUAUUGUGGCCAGGGUGAUCUUUACGAAGCAAUCCGAAAAGGCCAUGGUCCUCUUGAGACCGAGCAUGUUCGCCAAUUUAUGCUCGAGCUUAUCGAUGCCGUUGAUUACAUGCACUCUAAAGGAGUGCACCAUCGCGAUAUCAAGCCCGAGAACAUCUUCCUGACCCAGGAUGGUGCCAUGAAGCUCGGCGACUUUGGUUUGGCAACUACAGAGAAGUGGUCCUACGAGAUGACUGUUGGCAGCGAUCGCUACAUGGCUCCCGAACAGUUCGACUCGGCCGGCGCCGGUUACUCGCCUGCCGAGGCAGAUAUUUGGGCCAUCGGCAUCUGUCUGCUCAACAUCCUCUUCUCCCGCAACCCUUUCACCACACCAACUGAGGCUGAUCCUUUGUUCCUUGACUACUCUCGGGACAAGCAGUCCCUUUUCGAUGUCUUUCCUUCCAUGUCUCAGGAUACUUAUGAGGUGCUCGUGCAGUGCAUGAACCUUGACCCCAGGCGACGUUCGUUGGAAGGUGCUCGUGAUGCUUUACUCCGCGUUAUCACUUUCACCACCGACGAUGAGGAAGAUGAUGAGUACUGCGGUGCCGAGUCUCCCAAUGUGGCUACUGCCAACCGCGAGCCUCUCCGCACCCCAUCAAUCCAGUCUCCUGCCGUCGAUACCGGUGCCUUCCCCUGGGCUAAGGCUCUUCAUGGUACUACUCACCUUGGCCGGCAACUCAGUGUCAUUCCCGAUGACGAGAGCUACACUGAGGAGCUGUUCCCCAAGUCAGAGGCUACUACUGACUGGUGCUCCGGUAACAUGCAAACUCCUAUGUCGUCUCUUUAUGACUCGCACUUGGGUGCUUCCAUCAAGUCGCUUGCCAUCAAGCCAACAGCUCGCUUCAACCGUGUAGCGGCUACUGCUGGCUCUCUCCCAAUCAAUAUGGCCAAGCCCAUGCCAGCUAUGUCUAUGGUCUUUGGCCGUCGUCAAGAUGCUGUGUCUAAGAGCUGGAGCGACAUGUGGGAUGAGGAUGAGGAAGAGGAGGAAAUGGAACAGCAGCGACAGGUUCUCCAGGAGCUCAACGCUAGAACCUGGAGCCAGGAAAGCAAGGAGGAGAAGAAGGAAGAGGAGGAGGUCAAGCAGAUCGAGCUGCUCAAGCCUGAACCUGAGCAGGCGUUGCAUACCCAUGACAUCAAGGGUGAUAUCGAUGAUGAUUUGGUUGCUGAUGGUUUCUUCUUUCAAGAAGCCCCGGCAUCCAAGCCUCAACAAAUCACUAUUACCCCACACUAUUCGCAUUCUCCCAUGUCCAAAUCGAGUAAUUCUAUGGACAAGUGGGCGGCUUUGGGCCAGCGGCGUCGUGGACAAACUGCGACUUUGGAUUCUAUCAAGUCGGUGGACUUUGCUAAGCCCCGACGACACAAUUUUGGUUUUGGAUACAACAAAUCUUACGAAGCGGGCGUUUUGGAUCAUUCUAAUUAUCAUCAUAAAUUUGGGGCCGCUAAAGAACGGUCUGGGAGUAAGGAACACUGUCCCUGGAACAAGGGCAGAGAUUGGAACUGGCGUCGGGAUAGACGCGCCGAUCUUGGUGACGUUGAGUGGGUUGGAGGUUGGUAA